CCUGGAUGAGCUCUGCCUAAUUUUCUCUUUUUCUUGAUUAAAGCUCCGCUGAAGUCCAAUUGAUAUCAUAACAUCACUUAUACACAAAUAUCAAUUGAUAUCUUUCUUACACUGUAUUUCGACUGAAGUCCGAUGGCCGGUACUCUCACUUCUCUGUCUCUCAUCUUUGUCUCAAUCUUCAUCUUCUCUAUAAACAUUACCCUCCCAGCAGUCGGCAGCUCAAAUGCCACCUCCGGGAGACCUCUCAAUCCCACAGAAAUGGCACUUAAAAAAGAAAAACUAAGUCACUUUCGCAUAUAUUGGCACGACGUUGCCUCAGGUCCUAACCCCACUGCCGUUCGAAUAGCUCAAGCACCAUCGACGAACAAAUCGGCAACAUUAUUUGGUGCCAUGGUUAUGAUCGAUGAUCCAUUAACUGAGGGCCCCAAAUUGAGCUCAAAACUGGUCGGACGAGCACAAGGAUUUUAUGCAUCUGCAGCACAGAACGAUGUAGCAUAUAUAAUCGUGAUGAAUUUCGCCUUUACUACCGGAAAAUAUAAUGGAAGUUCGAUAAGCAUAUUCGGACGUAACCCUGUGUUGUCGGGUGUAAGAGAGAUGCCAAUUAUUGGUGGCAGCGGAGUUCUCCGGUUUGCCAGAGGAUAUGUUCAGUUUCAUACUGUGAAUUAUAAUAUCAAAACUGGUGAUGCUACUAACGAGUAUAACAUCUAUGUAUUUCAUUACUAAGUAUAAAUGUUAGUUGUAUUUAUUUUGUUUUGAGGGGCUUAUCCGUUGGAUCUGAAUCAUGAUAUUGGUUCUUUCUUGUCUAUGUAUCUACGUAAUGUACACAAAGGUUCAGAUAAUGCAUUUUUCUUCAUUUCAUAA